AUGUUCCUUGACAAAAUAAAACCAACUACAGAAAUAAACGACGCAAGACUGAAAGAUUGGGUAAAAGCUUUCCCAUUCACAAAAGAUAUAAUUGGUAACAUGGAAAGAAAACCAGAAUGGCUACAAAAACAUAUAUUUGGAAACGAGCAUAUUCCAUAUGGACAGGCACUGUUUGAAGAGCUUGAACCGGAAACUCAGGAAAGAGUCAUGCAAACAAUACGCGAAGACUCAAAUACAGACUAUGACAAACUCUUUCUAGGAUAUAGGUUACCUGAGAUGGGCGACCAGAGCCAAAGGCAAAAAGGACAUGGGAAAUUUGCAACAUACUAG